AUGUCUAUUUCUCCAGUCUCAAGAAUUGCUAGAAACAUUACCAAAUCUGUUCUCUCCAGAGAGCAAAUGGAUGGUGUUGGUGCCAGAGUGUACCGCUCUAUUGGUAGCCAAACUCUGCGCAAUUUGGAUCCCUUCCUUAUGCUCGAUGAAUUCGAUGUUCGUGCUCCUGGUGGAUUCCCUGAUCAUCCUCAUCGUGGCUUUGAAACUGUCACUUACAUGUUGGAAGGUGAAUUCUUGCACGAAGACUUCAAAGGACACAAGGGUCGCAUUGGUCCUGGUGAUCUUCAAUGGAUGUCUGCAGCCAAGGGCAUUGUUCAUGCUGAGAUUCCUGCCAGCAACAGCAGAGCUCAUGGCCUCCAACUUUGGGUCAAUCUCUCCAGUAAGAACAAGAUGUCUGAGCCCAAUUAUCAAGAGUUGCCCAAGGAAAAGGUCGUUGAAGCUACUCCUGAAGAAGGUGUCACUAUCAAGGUCAUUGCAGGUGAAUCUUAUGGUGUAAAAUCUCCAGUAAUGACAAGAACUCCUACCAUGUUUAUCGAUGUCAAGCUGAAGAAGGGUAAGAAGAUAGAGCAGGUCAUCCCCAAGAACUAUGCUGGUUUCAUUUAUACCAUCGCUGGUUCUGCUCUCUAUGGUGGCAGCAAGCACAGUUCAGAGGCACACCAUACUUUGGUCUUGAGCGCUAACGAGGGCGACUAUAUUCCUGUGGAAUCUACUUCGGAUGAUUGCCAUUUCGUCGUUAUUGCCGGUGAACCUAUCAAUGAGCCCAUUGUCCAACACGGUCCUUUUGUCAUGAACACGCAACGUGAAAUCUAUCAGGCUUUUGCUGAUUAUCAACACGGUAGAAAUGGGUUUGAAGGUGCUCCCGAAUGGACUUCAUCCAUCAGAGAUCGUUGGUCUUCUUAA